AUGAUCUCCUGGGACAGUUACAAGAUGCAGAGCCAACCUCAACUGUUUAAGUGUGCCCGCCUUCAUCGCAACAUGGAGUGGGCGAAAAUUACGCUGACAAAAAAUGGACAACAAAGCAAUGUUUUCGAAAAGCCCCAGAUUGACAGCACCAUCAUAUUGGUCUUGAAGUGUGAACUCCUGGAGUUUUUCACGAAUCUUUGGCGGAAUUCUGGAAAAGCGGUGAGGAAUCGAAACGCAAACGCCUUCGCCAUCUUCAUUCGAUGGACUACACUCAGAAACUUGGAUCUUGGGUACCUCAUAAACUCACUGGAAGAAACGAAGGCAGGUCGCCUCCGAAUUGCAGCGCAAAAUCUCGCUCGACAUCGCGCUACACAUGACCACAGGAACCGAUUUCUCCACAGAAUCAUCACAGGAGAUGAAAAAUGGUGUCUCUAUGCUAACGUCAAACAACGGAAACAAUGGAUCUGUGCAGGAGACACACCAACACCCAGAGUGAGACAAGACCUUCAUCCCGAAAAGAUCAUGCUUUGCGUUUGGUGGGACUGGGAGGGCAUCGUGCAUUGGGAAACUCUCGAGAAGAACAAGACGAGGACCUUC